AUGGCAGUUGAUGUUCUUCAGGGAGACACCUUCUAUGACCUGGUGGAGAGUCAGGAUGUGGAGACAGUUAGAUCUAACCUGGAGACAGACAACACAACGUCAACUGAGAGGAGUUUUGUGUGUCGGAUGCACACCUCCAAGGCCUUCAGACUAGAGUAUGGUAGCUGCUGUUCUAUAAUGGUCCGGGGACACUACCAGACCGUCCCACAAUCCCCCCAGUCCACCCCCACAUCCUCCCCAGACCGUAGCCAAUCUGGCCCUCCUGUGGAGAGGGUGUUCUCGGCUCUCUGCACACCCACAGUGAACCACCUAGGCAACAGCACCUUCUCCUCCUGCUCCUCCUCCUUCACCAGCCUCCACAGACCAGACAUGAGCUUCAGUCACCUGGACGAAAGUGUUGUGUUUUACUUGGGCUACUCAUCGGAGGAGCUGAUUGGUCGAUCGUGGUACAGCCUCCUCCACCCUGAAGACCUCUCCUUGAGUGCCUACUCACAUAAGAGUCUGAUGCAGGCAGACGAGGGUGGGCAGAUGGAGAUGGUUCUGAGGCUCCAACACAGCGACCUCUCGUGGUCCUGGAUCUACACUAGAGCCGCUAAGCAUUCUGGGAACCAGGAAGUGAGCUGCUGUAACUACAUUAUCAGUGAAACAGAAGCCAUGUAUCUGAGAAAAAAGAUCAACAGCGAUGCUUUCAGAGCCUCUCCUCUUCAGCCCUACUGCCCCUCUCCCACCCCCCAGCCGACCCAGAGCUGUUGCCCCACCAAGGACCUAAAGAGACCCAGAGCAUUCAGUCAGUACAGUAGUAUAUCUGAGACUGAGAACAGGUCUAAGACCAGCAGGAGACAGAGAGCAGAAACUAAUACUAUGUUCUACGUGACAUCAUGUAGCUCCUCCUCCCAGGCCUCACCUGUCGCCGCCUUCUCCACCCCUCCCUACAGCCCCACCUCCUCCCACUACAGCUCCUCCUCCAACUCCUCCCACUCUCCAACACAGCAGGACGACACCAGCUCUGACUCUCUGUUGGAUGUGUAUGGCAACACAGAGAACUUAACCUCCUACUACCAUUGCCUUGAAGGAGGGACUGAGGUAGGGACUGGGCCUUCCUGCCUCCUCUCCCCCUCUAGGUCCUUCCAGCCCGGCUCGGAUCAGUCCUUCCACCAGGGUAUCUUCAGUCAGACUGACGCAUUCUCUCCUCAGUCCUGCCCUUCUUCUCCCCAGUAUGAUUGCUCAGCAUGCCCUGCUGAUGCCCGGCUGGUCCCUGACUGUCUAUCUGUAUCAGACCUGUUAGAGAGUUCAGCAGACUGCCCCAUCACCAUCCAUACUGAAGACUACAGCCUCUCGGUUCAGCCACAAGGUGGUGCCACCAGUCCAUACAGCCUCUCGGUUCAGCCACAAGGUGGUGCCACCAGUCCAUACAGCCUCUAACGGUUCAGCCACAAGGUGGUGCCACCAGUCCAUACAGCCUCUCGGUUCAGCUUCUAGGUGGUGCUAUCAGUCCAUACCAGAGCCACCAUAUACCUCAGACUGUCUCUCUCCUCCUAUUGGAGGCCUGCUGACCCCUAACCCCUCCCCGACCUCCGACCUCUCCUUCCUCUAUCAGUGACAGAGACAAGGUAGAGAUCAGUAUCCUAGCCAGCAGAUCUCCUCUCUUGCCUCCAGCUUCGACCUGUUCAACACCCUGAGCCCCAUCCAACCCCACCUCAGCCCAGCUCAGAACCCCUUCCCUGGGCACAGCCCCAGGUCCCUCCCCUGUCCCCCUCCACAUCAAGCCGGAGCUGGUCCUGGAUGAGGGAGUGUUGAUCGUCUCCUGAAGGAUCUGAGCAUGGUUCAGGGACCUGGGUGUCUGUCUCACUGCUACCAACCUCAGGACCCUUCCACCCUGGCUCUGUUCUCUCUAGUGGACCCUCUACCCAUGGGAGCAGUCAUCCCCUCUCUCUCCCUUC